GCCAACCGUUUUCUAAGGACGGAAAGAGAGAAUAAAAAAGGUUAGAAAAAGAUGGCGAAGGAGGCAAAGACAAUUAAGUGAGGAAGGCGGUGGGCCCACUGAGGGGCUGAAUCUCAGAGAGGUUCAUGCACCUUUGCCCUGUUUUCGCCUUCUCCUUCAUCGUUUCCAAAAUGAGAAAAAGAAAGUCUUAACAAAAAAUUAAAAAAUGAAAAGAUAUUAAAAUUUUGAUCGGUUUUCCUUUUUUUUCUUCAUUUUUUCAGUCAAAAUAUAAUCAACCAGUUAUUGUGUCUCGACAACAAUGAAGAAUAACAAGACCAAUAAGAAUAGCUCUUCUUCUUCUUCUUCUUCUUAUUAUUAUUCUUAUUCUCUCUCUUUCUCCUUCUCUUCAACUUCUUCCGGUUCCUUGUCACCGACUUUUACCUUACUGGGGCGGUCUCAUAUUUUCCUCAGCUAUCACCAUCCUCUGCAGCAUAUGCAGCACAUUAGAUUUCCUGUAAUGGAGCUAAAAGAAGCUUAUGACAUUGAGCAUAUGAGGUCUACACAGAGUAUCGACCAUGAGCUGUGGCCUCUUGAUGAAAUUGAUCCAAAGAAGGCAAAGUUUCCCUGUUGUUUGGUUUGGACUCCUCUCCCAAUAGUCUCUUGGUUGGCACCAUUCAUUGGACAUGUUGGCAUUUGCAGGGAGGAUGGAGCUAUUUUAGAUUUCUCAGGUUCCAAUUUUGUGAAUGCCGAUGAUUUUGCAUUUGGUGCUGUAGCCAGAUAUCUACAGCUUGAUAGAACACAGUGUUGUUUCGCCACGAAUCUGGGUGGCCACACUUGCAAGAGUGGCUACAAGCAUGCAGAGUUUGGGACGGCAAUCACAUGGGAUGAUGCCCUGCGGUCAAGUUCACGGUACUUUGAACACAAAACCUACAACCUUUUCACUUGCAACUGCCAUUCUUUCGUAGCCAACUGUCUGAAUCGGAUAUUCUAUGGUGGAUCAAUGAGUUGGAACAUGAUCAAUGUGGCAGGCCUAGUACUGCUCAAGGGGCAAUGGGUUGACGCCAUGUCCGUCGUGAGGUCGUUCCUCCCUUUUCUAUUGGUGCUCUCUCUAGGUGUUUUCAUGGUUGGAUGGCCUUUCUUGGUUGCGCUUCUCUCUUUCUCUCUCCUCCUCUUGGUGUGGUUUCUACUGGGCAAUUAUUGUUUCAAGACCUUGUUAGAGUGCUAGUUCCUGUUUUCACACUAACAGCUUGAAGGCGUGAACAGAUGUUAUGUAGUAAAGUUCCUCUGUAUGACUCUGUAGUUCCUGAUACAAUUUUGCUAUAGGUUUUUCUGUGAAUAUUGUUUCUGAUUUCAAGCUGAGUCAACUUAUUCAACUAUAGUUGAUUGAUUUAGAAAGCUAUUGACUUUGUACCCUCUCUAACAUGCUCGAUUUAUGAUUCAGAAUGAGACAGGGGACCUCUGUUGCAGCCAUACCAAAUUGUAAAA